UCAGGAGGAGUGAGCAGCCUGACCGUCACAGACUAAGCUCUUCCCUCUGCCUGGGCAACCUCCAGCAGGUCCCUUCACAUCUCUGAGCCACAGUAUCCUGGUUCAUAAACACUCAGCUCAUAGAGCCUCUAGCCGGUAAUGCCGGAGAAGCAUUUUGCACAGUUCCUGGCCCAUGAUAAGUGGGUAAUUAUUAUUUUGGUUCCUAAUAAGGUGAGACUUGAGGGACAAGUUGUGGUUUAGCUAGGUGGGAGGGGGUGGGGGACUGAGCCAGAACAUUCCAGGCAGAGGAAACUGUCCAGGCCAUGGCUGGGAGGGAAGAGAUGGGCUGAAGAAUGGCGGAGUGUUCAAAGAGUAAGUGCUGGAGGGGAAAAGGAGUGGGUGGCUCUACGUGAUGCAGGACCUGGAUGUUUGGAUGAGGAGCUUGGUUGUCUUCCCAGGGCAGGUGCUGGGGAGCUGUAGGAGGGCUGUGAGGGUUGGCCGAGGGGCGGUGGGGAGCAGCUCUGGGGUUAGAAAGACUCGACCAUCUGGGGAUCCAUGGGCUGGAGGGAGGAGGCUAGGCAAGGGGAUAGAGAGAGGAGUCAGGGCCUGUGCUGGGGUCAUGCCAGGAGAAAGGGAGGAAGGGAUGGAGCAGAGAGAUUCAGGGGGCCAAGGGGGUGGUAUGGGAUCUGGAGAUUGACAGCAGUGAGGGGAAGAGAGGCAGGAGGAAGGCUUCCCGCAUCCCUCUAGAAGGUGGAGCUGAAUGGAGAUGGAGAACGCCUGAGGGUGGGGUUAGAGGAAAGAUCCUAAGUUUAGUGGGACAGAGAGUGUGACUAGGGGUCUAGGGGUCAAGGAGACAGCUCUGGGUGGGUCUCAGGAGAUUUGAUUGGGUGGGAAACAGCCACUCAAAACAGCCCUGAGAGCAAAAAGGGACCAUGGAGAGCAGAGGAGGAGCAGGAUCAGACCAGGGGUAUUUGAGGCCUGGCAGGACAGAGUGGACUGGAGGCCAGGAGGCUGCAGGGGAAGAAGACCACAGUCAUUAAGAGGGAGGCUCUCUGAAAGCACGCCUCACCCUCCUCCAGGCAGUCUUCCUGGCUUCACCUCCCCUACUCCUCUCCACAAGCUUGCUACUAAGUUUCCAGCUGGGAUUCCACUCUCACCAUCUACCCUACCCCAACCCCCAAGCCCCGGCAAGUGGGGAGUGCAGGGGUCAGGUUAGGCACCCCGCCCCAAGCUGGGACUAGUUGAUGAAGACAAAUUGGGUGGGGUCGGUGGCUCAGCCACCAGAUCUGGGUGGGGGAUCCUGGCACCUCCCUCUACAUCUGUCUGUCUUCCCCGCCCAGGAAGCUACCAGUCCUGUCAGACUUGUCCAGCCCCAGAGGGAUCAGUGCAGGCCCUGGGUCUUGCUCCAGUAUCCUCGCGGGUGCGGCUAGCACCAUGGACACCUCACGGGCUCUGCAGCUUCUCCUGCUCCUGGCCUCCGGAGUAGAGGUCCUUGCCUUCCAAGCCUCUUCUGAAGUUCAGAGAACCAGUCUCUCCUCAGACCCAGAAAGCUCUUCCCAGGGCCCGGGUGCGAAAGUUCCUUCCACCAAUCUCCCCAGCUGGAAAUUCCCAGAUCAGACGACAGCCUCAAAAGUCUCCACGGAUACCCCACUUUCCGAAUGGUCUCCCAAGGGGCUGAAUUUGAACGAUUCCUUUGAGUCCAAUAUUUCUGCUCAGAGCGAAAAUCUGAAUCUGGAACCCUUCUCUGGAAUCCCUAGUUCCAAUGUAUCUCCUGACACUUCGGGUUUGCAAGUUGCUGCCGCAAGCCGGGAGCCUUCCUUGUCUGUUAAAACCCCAGCUUCUGGCAUUUCUGCUCACUUCCCUGAUACUAAAGUCUCUGUGGAGGUCCCAGCUUCAAAAUACUCCCCUAAGGAUGGGGAUCUUGAGUUCUCUGCCCAGAGCCUGGGUUCUAAAGUGUCCUCAGAGGCCCAUGCGGGGACAAGCUUCCCCCCUCAGGCAGGGGAGCCUCUUGCAGUCCUGGUGGGGACCACCAUCCAGCUCCGGCUGGUUCCAGUCCCCAGCUCUGGCCCCUCACCCCCUCUGGUGGUUUGGCGCCGAGGUUCCAAGGUGUUAGCAGCGGGGGGCCUGGGAGCAGGGGCCCCUCUGACUAGCCUGGACCCCACUUACCGAGACCGCCUACGAUUUGACCAGGCCCAAGGGGGCCUGGAGCUCACCUCUGCUCAGCUGAAGGAUGCUGGGGUCUACACAGCGGAGGUCAUCCAGGCUGGGGUCUCCCGGCAGAUCCGGGAGUUCACGGUGGGUGUAUAUGAGCCCCUGCCCAAGCUGUCCAUGCAGCCCAAGGCUCCGGAGACCCAGGAAGGAGCAGCGGAGCUCCGGCUGCGCUGCAUGGGGUGGGGACCAAGUCGCGGGGAGCUGAGCUGGACACGAGACGGACGCGCCCUGGAUACAGUGGAGUCUGCGGGAGCAGAGCCGCUGCGGAUCCGCGCAGAGGGUGACCAGCUUCUCAUCGAGCGUCCGGUGCGCAGCGACCACGCCCGGUACACCUGCCGCGUCCACAGCCCCUUCGGCCACACAGAGGCCGCGGCCGACGUCAGUGUUUUCUAUGGUCCGGAUCUGCCGGUCAUCACUGUUUCCUCGAACCGUGAUGCCAACCCCGCCCAGUAUGUCACCGCGGGCAGCAACGUGACCCUGAGCUGCACCGCCGCCUCGCGGCCACCGGCUGACAUCACCUGGAGUCUGGCCGACCCCACCGAAGCCGCCGUGCCCGCCGGCCCGCGCCUCCUGCUGCCUGCGGUCCAGCCCGGCCACUCCGGCGCCUACGCCUGUAUCGCCAGGAACCCGCGCACCAGCAGCCGCCGCCGCUCGCUGCUGAACCUCACGGUGGCGGAUCUGCCCCCUGGGUCCCCUCAGUGCUCAGUCGAAGGGGGUCCUGGGGAUCGCAGCCUCCGCUUCCGAUGCUCGUGGCCCGGCGGGGCCCCUGCCGCCUCCCUGAAGUUCCAGGGUCUCCCGGAAGGCGUCCAGGAGGGACUGGCGUCCUCUGUGCUCCAGGCAGUGGUCCCCGCCCACCCCCGGCUCAGCGGCGUCUCCGUCACCUGCCUUGCUCGCCACCUGGUGACCACGCGCACGUGCACUGUCACCCCGGAGGCCCCCCGAGAGGUCCUGCUUCACCCGAUCGUAGAGGAGACACGGUCUGGAGAGGCAGAGGUAGCGCUGCAGGCGUCUGGCUGUCCCCCACCUUCCCGAGCAUCCUGGGCCCGGGAAGGGCGGCCCCUGGCCCCAGGAGGCGGGGGACGCCUGCGGCUCACCGAGGAUGGGCGGAGACUUCUCAUUGGCAACUUCAGCCUGGAUCGGGACCUGGGAAAUUACUCCGUGUUGUGCAGUGGGGCGCUGGGUGCUGGGGCCGACAAGAUCACCCUCAUUGGACCGUCCAUCUCCUCGUGGAGGCUGCAGAGAACCCGGGACGCAGCAGUGCUGACUUGGGAUGUGGAGCGCGGGGCCCUGAUCAGCCGUUUCCAGAUCCAGGCACAGGUGGAGGGCCCUGACCCGGGCAGAGCCAUCGCCUCGGACUGGGUCUCCCUGCUCAUCCUGGGGCCUCGGGAACGUUCAGCUGUGGUACCCCUCCCUCUUCAGAAUCCCAGGACCUGGGUCUUUCGUAUCCUGCCCACCCUGGGGGGCCAGCCAGGGAUGCCCUCCCAAAGCCAGAUCUACCGGGCCGGUCCCACCCUGGGCCCCGGGGCCAUCGCUGGCAUCGUUCUGGGGUCCCUACUAGGCCUGGCGCUCCUGGCAGCUCUUCUCCUCCUGUGCAUCUGCUGUCUGUGCCGCUUUCGAGGAGAGGUGCAUAAGAAAAAGAAGCAACCCGGCACAUGGACCCCUGUAGUCCCCCAACCGGAAAAGAAGGUGCAGAGCUUGACCCCAGUGCACACCCCACAGACUCUGCCCCUCAAAGUACCACUGGAGAACCCUAGCCCAAUCAGGGCCCACCCAGCCACCGGCAUGCCUCCAGCGCCCAGGAAGAUUCUCCCUGUAUUCAUGCAACUAAGAUGGGACUCCACGGCUGCGAGGGACUCCUGCUAACUGAACAGUGUGGUUUGUACAUCCUUCAAGUGGGCAAGGGUCUGUGGCGGCCAGGCAGGGCGUGCUGUGCGGCUGGGAGCUGGAGAGGGUGCCCUGCCUCAUUCUCUGGAAAGGUCUUCCUAUAUCGAUGUUUGCCUCCUCCAGGCUACGCCCCAUCCAGUUCCCAGAAUCUUCAUCUCAAAUCAGAUCACAUACCUCUUCUCUUUAAGCCUUUCUAGGGCUGCCCAUUGCCCUUCAGAUAUUGUCCAAGCUCCUCAUUGGGACCUUUGAAGCCUUGUGGUUUGGCCUCUGUUGGCCUCUCUAACCUCCCCUUCCAGAAAUUUCACCCCUGCUUCUCUUCUUCAUACUUUAGUUUGCCUCCAGGCCUUUGCUUCCAGAGUUUACUGCACCUGGAGCAGGAUUCUUUGCUCUGCAUCAUUAAUAUUUCAAGUAUAAAGGGAAAUGUUAUCAUCUUAGAGGACCCUUCUCUAACCCAUGACCCAAACCUGUCUUGGCUAUGAAUUAGGUCCUAGAGGCCCUGAACUUCCUGCUUCUUGUAUGUAAAUAUGUAAUUACUUGUUUAACCUUUGACUUCCUCUCUAAACUGAGAGUUACACAAAGGUAGAGACCAUGUCGUUAUCACCAGCAUUUAACACAGAGUUUGGCACAAAAACAUCCAUAAGUAUUUGUCAUCUGAUCAAAUGUCUGGGGCCAGUGAAAUUCAGGGCUUGUUGCUGCUCUCCCCAGCAGGAUGACUUCCUUUUCCAAUUGAGUUUCUCACUGGAAAUGUAAAGAGUGCAUCAAUGAAGAUUAUUUUGGCCAUAAGUAAUAAAGUAAAUGAGAGAAAGAAA